AUUGGCGGCGCACGAGCAGCGGGGAGGGCGAGUAAGGGGCGGAGCUGCCGGAGCCGGGGCAGGACGAGGGUCGGAACGGCGGCAAGGAUAUGGCGGAGACCAUUAUAAUCCGUGUCCAGUCACCAGAAGGAGUGAAACGUAUUACUGCAACAAAACGAGAAACUGCUGCAACAUUUCUGAAAAAGGUUGCAAAAGAAUUUGGCUUCAGAAAUAAUGGAUUUUCUGUGUACAUCAAUAGAAACAGGACUGGUGAGAUCACAUCCUCUCCCAAUAAAUCCCUCAACUUACUGAAGAUCAAACAUGGAGAUAUGCUAUUUCUUUUUCCAUCAAGCACACCUGGCUCUUCCUCUGAGAACAUGGAUACCUCAAUUUCUCAAGGAACACGUCCACUAGGUGUUCCCCAGGUGGUAGAAGAUGAAAUUGAUCAAUACCUAAUAAAACAGGACGGGAAAAUUUAUAGAAGCAGAGACCAGCAAUUAUGUCGACAUGGUCCAUUGGGCAAAUGUGUACAUUGUGUACCUUUAGAGCCUUUUGAUGAGGAUUAUUUAAACCAUCUGGAACCUCCUGUGAAGCAUAUGUCAUUCCAUGCCUAUAUCAGGAAACUGACUGGAGGUGCAGACAAGGGGAAGUUUGUUGCUCUUGAAAACAUUAGCUGCAAGAUUAAAUCUGGAUGUGAGGGGCAUCCUCCAUGGCCAGAAGGAAUCUGUACCAAGUGCCAGCCAAGUGCUAUCACACUCAACAGGCAGAAAUAUAGACAUGUGGAUAAUAUCAUGUUUGAGAACCAUACAAUUGCAGAUCGUUUCUUGGACUUCUGGAGAAAAACAGGAAACCAACAUUUUGGAUAUCUAUAUGGGAGGUACACAGAACAUAAAGACAUUCCUCUGGGUAUUCGAGCUGAAGUUUCUGCCAUCUAUGAACCUCCACAGAUUGGUACACAAAAUAGUCUAGAGCUCCUGGAAGACCCAAAAGCAGAGGUUGUGGAUGAGAUUGCUGCAAAACUUGGCCUAAGAAAGGUUGGCUGGAUAUUCACAGAUCUGGUUUCAGAGGACACACGGAAGGGGACUGUUCGCUACAGCCGAAACAAAGAUGCCUUUUUCCUUAGUGCAGAAGAAUGUAUUACAGCUGGGCAUUUUCAGAACCAGCAGCCAAACAUAUGCCGCUUGUCUCCAGAUGGACAUUUUGGAUCUAAGUUUGUGACUGUUGUGGCUACAGGGGGUCCUGACAACCAAGUCCACUUUGAGGGCUACCAAGUAUCCAAUCAAUGCAUGGCUCUAGUACGUGAUGAAUGUUUGUUGCCAUGCCGUGAUGCUCCAGAACUCGGCUAUGCAAAGGAAUCCAGCAGUGAACAAUAUGUGCCUGAUGUCUUCUAUAAGGAUAUAGACAAGUUUGGCAAUGAGAUCACUCAGCUAGCUCGUCCUCUCCCUGUUGAGUACCUAAUCAUAGAUAUUACUACCACGUUUCCAAAAGAUCCAGUUUACACAUUUUCUAUUUCUCAAAGUCAAUUCCCUAUUGAGAAUCGUGAUGUACUGGGAGAAACUCAGGACUUCCACAUUCUAGCUACAUAUUUGUCCCAGAAUACCUCUUCUGUAUUCCUUGACAUCAUCUCUGAUUUCCAUCUUCUUCUCUUCUUGGUCACCAAUGAAGUGAUGCCUUUAAGGGAUAGUAUCAGCUUGUUGCUGGAGGCAGUAAGAACCCGGAAUGAGGAUCUCGCUCAGACCUGGAAAAAAUCUGAACAGUGGGCUACCAUUGAGCAGCUUUGCAGCACAGUGGGUGUUCAGUUGCCAGGACUCCAAGAAUAUGGCGCCAUGGGCACUUCAACACAUGCAACAACUUCUUCAAUGUGGGCCUGUCAGCACUGCACCUUCAUGAACCAACCAGGCACAGAUCAUUGCGAGAUGUGUAGCCUCCCACGGAGCUAGGCCCUUUUUGGCUUGGCGAUCGGGGCAGCCAUUACAGACCAACUGGCAGAAAUACAGAGGCAAACCUUUAGCCCGGCAGGAUUGUUCUUCCUCCUGGGACAAUGUACUGUGUGGGGCGGGGCAAGACAAGAAAGGGGGGAAAGGACCCAUAUCACAGGUAUUCAAUUGCCAUUUACAAGGUGGCAGCUUGCAGUUGGAACAGGAUGUCCCAGUGGGAAAAAAAUAAGAUGGCCCCACUGUGCUGCCUUGUCUUUUCUUUGCUCUCAGUAUUGUAGAAAGCCAGAGGUCCUGCUUCCCUUGAGCUGAAGUCGCACAGGUGGCUGAUCAGCUCUGUGGGCUCAUGGCGGUGUGGCCGUUGUCGCCCUGUUAGCUUGCAUGCCACAAGCUUUCCCCGCCUUAAGCUUGUCAGUGAGGCUAGGCAGUAGUGUUGAAGGGAUGACUUGGUCCCCCAGGGCUAGCUUGUGUAAUGUUGUUCUCUUGACAUGCUUUGCAUUUAGCCCCAGAGUUUCUGGCUCACUGGUGCCUGAGCCACAUUGGUCCACUCUCUCAUUGUAGUUUCAACUUGAGUGACGUGUGAUCGCAGGGCAUACUGUGGCUUUAAAGCCCCAGGUUAAACCACGGCACUGGAGAGUGGGGGAAGAACAUCUUUUUCAACCAGGCAGGGAUGUUUCUGGUUGCCACUUCCUCCAUUUCUUGCCCUACAUCCCUAAUGGCAGCAUAUUAAAAUUCCCAGAAUUCCUCAUCUAUGGUUAGCUAAGAGAGAAGAUUAUUUUCAUCCUGGUUUGGCAACGGGAAGCAUAUCCUGUCGCUUCCAGGUUUGGAACCCUACAGCAGCUUCAUUCCAGCUGUGUCAGGACUGGGAAAGCAACAGUUCACAAGCAGUUUUUGUACCAAGUCUCCAUGCACUAUUUUCCCUUUAUAUUUAAAGCAAUUUCCUGGGAUCUAAAGGUAUGAUCGGGCAAAAUAUCUAGGCAUUUUAUUCAUGUCUAUUAAUGAGUACACAGGGAUCAGCACAACAAAAUUAAAUAGAGCAUAUAUUGGAAUGGGAGUUUGUCUUACCUCACUAAAAAGCCUGUGUAAAAAUUACUUUGCCUCUAGAACAUAGUGACUGCAAUAGAAAUGGCCUUGCCUCUAGAACACAACCCUGCCUACUGUUCUCAUAAUCAUAUAUUAGCUGUGCCUCCUAUUCCUUAUUUCUUCUGAUACCUGGGCUCCUCCAUUCAAAAGUGUCCUGAGAUUUCUUUUUUUUUCCUUUUUUUUUCAUUAUCCAAAAUUCCCAGUAUCUCUGCUAGGACUGUUUUAUGUUAAGUCACAAUUGAUUCCCCUUGCAGAAGUAGUCUGCAUAGCAAGCCUAUAUAAUCACUCUGACGAACCUUGCAAUAUUAGAGAGAAAGAUGCCCUUCACGUCAACUCUCUGGUUAUGUGGACAUACAGCCUUUAUUUCUGCCCUUCCAUAGUUUAUAUUCCUUGGUCUUCGUCACCACCAAAAAAAUGUGCCUCCGUCCCAGCUCCAUUUUCAUUCUGGGCACAUAGGACUGGCUUCCAAACACUAGCUGUGAAGGAUGCGGUCUUUGCCUUUCAAGGCAGUUGUAGCUGGGGCUCAUAAACACCCUCUCUGGUCCUAGUUAUUGCUGGCAGGACGUGUGACUUUUGUUUCCUGGGUUUGCAUUUUGACUAGAUUUCUCAAGCUCAAUGGGCUGUAGCCGCUCUUGCUGUUCUUCUUGGUUCUUUGGGUUGCAGAGGUGUAUGUUUGGUUUGGACUGGACUUAACUGAAUAACAGCCCUGCAAAUAAAAACCUAUUAAAAGCAUCCAAAAUGA